CUGACGAUACUAAUCUUGAUAGACAACCUAGUGAUAUAUCAUUAGAUUUUGUAAACAUGGACAUUCAAGGAAGUAAUGCACAAGAUAUGGAAUCGUGUUUUGAUGUAAAAGAUGCUACGGUAGAUGGUCAGGGAGCAAAAAUAUCACGAAUCAAUGAUAAUUCAAUUGAAAAUGAUUAUUCUGUAUCACAACCUCUUGAAAAGAGCGAGAUCAUUCAAAAAAAUAAAGAUAAAGCACAAGAUUUAAAUUCGAAUAAUCAGGAACAAGUCGAAUUUUCAGAUGAAAAUGAUGACACUGAUGAGGAAAUGGGUAGAAUUGAUGCUUUAGCUUUGUCACGUGAAAAAAGUAAAGAAAUCAGUUCAGCAAAAGAUAGCACGAAGUCUCAUGUUAACACCACAAAACAUAGUGAUAUUGAAAAUGAAAGAACUUCUAUAAUUAAUGAGGAGAAUCAGAAUGAUACUGAUGAUAAUCCAGAG